CACUCCCUGGCAGAGCCGCAUUGAGUUCUACAAGAAAGUUCUUAUUUAGAGAUUAUGCGCGCGUUGCUGAAGAACACAAACUUGAUUGCAGUGAAUUUGUUGUCUUUUUAAUUUUCUUGAAUUAGUUAACUGUGGGACAACUAAGGAAAUGCAACGAGGAAGAUUUCUUGUCUGGCACGCUAUGAAGCUGUCCAGCUUGUUAGCUGGCUAGCAUUCGUUGGUAACGUUACCGCGGUCCUACUGAGAGAAUGCCAUUCGGGGACCGUGGCCCUACAGACACUGUGUUGGCUCACAUGAUUAUUUAAGAGCCUGUGGUUACUGCUGCGGUGUGCCCAUGUGGUUGGUGGUGCCCAGUUCUCAUCGUGCAGCUGCACCCUGGCACCUCUGAGCGUCAGGCAUGGGGAAGCUGCAGAGUAAGCUCCGCAAGCGCUCCGACCGCUACAGAGCGGGCAGGGAUGCGGCCGAGGGCCCGCCAGCGUCGCAGGUGGUGCAGUAUGAGCCGGCACACUCGGAUGCCGUCAACUGUGUCAUCAGCCUCACCUCCGAGCUCUGUGUAUCCGGAGGAAGUGAUCAGGCAGUUGUUGUGUACGACUGGAAAGGAGGGUCGCGAUGCCAGACCUUUUAUGGUCACACCAGAGAGGUCACCAAGGUGAGCUGCUUACCUGGCAGCACGUGGCUUUUCAGUGCCUCCAGGGACAAGACCGCUCUCAUGUGGCAGAUGGGCCGCGACGCUGAGCCCAUCCAGGAGUUCUAUGGCCACGAACUGGUAGUCAACGGACUGGCCGUCAGUCCAGAUGGAACAAAGCUGUGUACUGGGUCACGUGACAACUCCAUGUGCCUUUGGGACAUUGAGUCUGGAGAUUGCCUCCAGAAGAACACGAUCUCUCGCAACCUGGUCACUCAUGUGUGCUGGGUUCCUGGUGGUACCUCAAUUGUACAGACGUCUGAAGACAAAACUGUGAGGGUGUGGGACAGUCGCACGUGGCAGAUCACCAACUCAUUUCCAUCCAAGCGCUACAUCCAGACUCACUGUGACAUCGCCCCAGACUGCUACCAUGUGCUCUCAAGCAGCAAUGGCUUUGGGGGACAGGGCUGUGAGGCCACGCUGUGGGACCUGCGGCAGCCCGGCUGCAAGGUGGUGGAGUACCGCGGUCACCAGCAGACGACGGCCUGCUGCGUGUUCCUGCCGCCCAGCCCCGACUGCGGCUCCAUGGUGGCCUCGUCCUCCCACGACUGCUCCGUCAAACUCUGGGACCAAAACACUGGAGCUUGUCUCUACACCCUGACCAUGGACGGCGCCGGCCCCCUGGUCUCUCUGGCGCCGUCGGAGCCGGGCGGCCUGCUCUGCGCCAGCUUCAACGGCGGCCUGCACCACCUCCAGCUGAGCCAGUUGCCCACCCUCAACCUGAAGGAGGUGGCCAGGUUCUGAUGCCGCCACUGGCCCAUUCCCCCCCCCCCCCCCCCCCCCCCCCGGGAGCAGCAGUGCUGUGCUUCUUCGCGGGCCUUACGGGGGGCCACAGCCAUAACACCAGCAUGAACAUGCCAGUCACAAGGGACCAGCUCACAGGCGGCUGGACAAGGCUUUGGCAGGUGAGCUGGGCAGACACUACAGGCCAUCUGACAAAGUGACCCUGUCGAGGGUGAACACGCACAGGGGGGCUCUCGUGGGAGGUGAACUCUAUUCGGUCUACGACAUCACUUCCCCUGUGAAAAGAAGGAGAUGACCUUGGUGUGUAGUAGACCAAAUCCCCACCACCACAGCACCACCCCACCAAGCCUCCGCCCCGGCGACGCUGCAUCUCAUGCUCAGAGACUCAGGGAAUACAAACUGUGAUGAGAGCAGUGGAAGAAGAACUGCUCAUAAACUGCUGUGAUAUCUCUGGGACAAUGAGAAGAUGAGCCUGGCUGAAUCACGUCAAUAGUAGAGUGAGCUUUUUUUUAGCAAGAUGGCUGCCGCCGAGGCAGGCCAAAGCUACAAAGCUUCAGUCGAGUCCAGCAUGGCUCAACGAGGAACCAGGCCGCACAGGAGAGGAGAUACUAGUGAAUCUGAUGUCAUUUUUAAAGAAUGUAAUAUUGUUCAUUUGCAACAAAGCCAUCAGUCAGACGUCAUUACCUAUUUGAAUAUUGAGACUGGCUAUAUCUCCUCAUUUUAUGUCAAGGGCACUGAUGCAAUGUUGUUCUCUGGAAAACACCAAACCAAAGAUGUUGGUUGUCUUUCGAAUGUACCCACCGUAAGCAAUAUUGUCUGCCGGUUUUGACACCAAAUUGAGCACAGGGUUCCCACAAUCAUGGAAAUCCUGGAAAAGUAAUGGCAUUUUUAAAACUCUCAUUUUCCUGGUCUGGAAUAAAGUUCUGUAAAUUCAUUGUAAUUAACAUGGAUUCUGUCGGUACAUACAUUGUACCAAUGGAUAUUUUCUUGUACAAUUUCCAAUCGAAUUUGGCCUCACUACCCUAAUCAAAAAUGAAUGGAAACCCGUAAUUAACUUAUUUGUCAUUCAAAAACUGGGCCCAUCUGGAGUAAGUACGCAAUUUGUGUACGUGUAGGCUGUAAAAAGGUCAUGGACAUUUCAUUAAGUGUCCUUGAAGAGCCAUGGAAAUAAACUGUCAAUGAAAAUGGGUGGGAACCCUGUGCCCAAUAGUCACUUGUCCCUGGUCCGUCUUGAGUUACCGGUACACACAGCCCUGGAUAAUUCCUGUUUAUUUUAGUUUGCCAAGCGGCGCUCGCCCCGUACCGCUCAGUUUUUCCAGUGACCGAAAUCAAAACUGUGACGAAAACAUGUGAAUAGAGCAGUUCUCGGGCCUGUUUGCGUUGUGUGUGUGUGUGCUCACUCACUCUGUCCCUCUGUUGUAUUUAUGUGUAUGUAUGCGUGUGUGUAUAUGUAUACACUGUCUGGUAAAUUAUUUUGGAAACCCUG